GUUCAAAUACUCGUCGAAAUUAACGCGCCAACAAGUCGCUCUGCCGUACCAUUUUAUCCUAAAUCCAAGAUAACUCAUUCAAAUAUCCACGACUAAUCUGACGCAAUUUAUGCUAAAACUAUGCAAACGUAGAUACGCUUAUUCAAAUUUUUUUUACUUCCUUUCCUCCUCGAUGUCACGUGUUGGCGUGAAGCGACGCGAUUUUCGUCGCCUCCUACGAUAAUUAGCGAACCGUAAAAACAGGCCCUUUAUUUUCCAUAAAUUUCGACUUUGAACCAAUACUUUGAUCCUUGUAAUUUACAAGGAUUUAAAUAUCACUUCUAGCCACGCAGAUUUUAUCAUAACAUAAACAUUUUUAUAAACUGAUAAAUAUCUUUCUUCCUGGAAAUAAAAUGGGAUGAGUACAAUAAUUGAUACCCCAUAGUCUGAACGUUAUGCAUGCGUGUGUAUAGAAUGCACAUACAUACAAUGAUAUCAUAGGCAAUAAAAACAUUUUUUUUUCUAUUCCUUCAACCUCAUUUACGAGUUCGAGUCAUGCGUUGACCUCUCGUUUACGAUUCAGCCCCCGAGGAGAUAAUUUCGCAACUUGAUUAUACAAGUCCGCGAAUGAUUGUUCCGAUCGCCUGCAUAUGGUUGAGGGGAGCACUUGACACAGGCUUGUGCAGAUACAGACGGCUGGUCCCGGACCUUAACCAAUAAGGUAGUAUACCAUAUGGUCCAGGCGUAGCAACGACCUUUAUCGCGUUCGCUGCACAGCGUUGGCCACACCUCCUCGCAUCACCGGAUCAUGUUCAACGACAAAUUCAAUUGCGCAUCCCCGGUUGUAGAGCUCGGAUGAUAUUACGUAGUACUGUUGCGGUUUACGUUCUUCUUCGGAUACGUACAUGUCAUGUAUCUCUGACCGCAGCCCGUCCAUAUUUCUUGUCCAACGCUGUACUUUGACGCUGAUCGUAUCUCCGAUUCUGGCUGCAUAAAUUUGUCUAUGUGACGUUUCCACGCUUAGUUGUAGGAAUUAUCAGUUGUAUUUUCGUAACGGUUUGAUUACUUAUCGCGCUGUUGCGUUCAUCACGACCAUAGCGGCUAUUGCAAUUUUCAUACAGUAGUCCCCGCACCGCUGAGCAAACUAGUUGUGACCACAGACGUUAAAUCGAAGAGAAAAUGUCGUCCUACGGAGGGAUCGCCGGAAAUCAGAUAUACUCCUAUGCCGACGAGAAAAAUGCCACCAUCGUCGAUCUGCGAAGCGAUACGCUUUCGAGGCCUUCACUCGCCAUGCGGCAGGCCAUGUUUAACGCCGAAGUUGGCGAUGACGUUUACGAGGAAGAUCCUACCGUUGUAGAACUUCAGGAUAAGGCUGCUGCUCUCCUCGGCAAGGAGGCCGCCUUAUUCGUUGUUUCCGGUACCAUGGGGAAUCUCAUAGCGAUAAUGAACCACUGCAACGAGCGAGGAAGUGAGGCUUACUGCGGCGAAGAAUCUCACACGUUUCUGCACGAGCAGGGUGGAGCAGCUCAGUUGGCCGGAGUAAUGCUCUGUACGUUGCCAAACAACGCGGACGGGACCUUCGACCUGAAGACUUUGAAAAACCGGCUGCGAUCGGACCGUCUACACGAGCCGAUCUCACGCCUUGUCCUCAUCGAGAACACGUUCAACGGGAAGAUAUUGCCGCAAUCCUGGAUUGACGAAGUGUCUAUAUUCGCAAAGGAGAACAACCUCAAGCUACACAUGGACGGCGCCAGAAUCUGGAACGCCGCAAUCGGCUCGGGCCUUCCGGCGAAAGAGAUCGUCCGCGGUUGCGAUUCCGUAACAUUUUGCCUGAGCAAGGGACUUGGAGCCCCUGCCGGUUCCCUCCUCUGUGGAAGCAGAUCCUUCGUCGAAAAGGCGCGGAGGAUCAGGAAAGUUCUGGGUGGCGGGAUGCGGCAGGUAGGCGUUUUGGCCGCGGCCGGACUGAUAGCAUUGGAACAAGGUGUUCAGCUCCUGAAGGAGGACCACAGGCGAGCUUUUCUCAUUGGAGAAACCAUUAACAGUUUGGGUUCCAAGACGUUUUCAGUCAACCUGAAAACCACCGCGACAAACAUGGUCAUGGUCAAUAUCAAUUCCGAGGACAUUACCGCACAGAAUUUUGUCGACAGGUUGGAAUGGGUCAUCGACGACGUGCCGGAUGAUCGAACCAUCGUGCGAAGCUUGGCGAUCAACUCCAGACUCGUCAGGUUUGUCUUCUAUUACGAGAUCGAUGAUGAGGCGGUAGAGAGAGCUCGGAGAAAAAUUUGUUACGUCAUUGGGAAGCUCGACGCCACAGUUUAGCGACUCGUCGUUUUUCAUCCUUCCAGAUUGUCCUGAAAUACGUAAUUCAAGCGAUGCAUUGUUGAUGAUAAUAAUAAUGAAUUGUCUCGACCGUGAAAAACGUCCUCUCGCGUUCUCCGACGUCUGGUUGAUAUUGAAUGAUAAUGAAGUAAUAGUAAAAUAUAAUCAUUCCUCGAUGUGAUUGUGGUUACAUUUAUCAAGGCGUGCUUGCAUUUUUUUUUUUGUUUUUUUUUCUUAUUACAUAUAUACACACACUUGCUCAGCUCAUCGUUUAUUAAAGUAUGUAUGUACUCAGCCGUAGCAUAAAAGAAGCCCCAGACAAACACUACAUAUUAUAUCUUCGAUAUAAAUUACAAUAGGAAUACCAGGCUAUCAAGUGUUGAAAAUAUUAUGUAUAAUAAAAUAACGACGUUCUAAUAAAUUUCCAACACAUCUUUUUUUUGGUCAAAGUGCCAAAUACAAAUUAAGAAUAGUCGGGUGAACUGGAAACUAGACUUUACACACUUCAACUUUGUCAGAAUAAUAAUGAAUUUCAAUUAAAUCGAAUGAAAUCUUUCUAAUUAAAUUAUUCCACCUGCAACCAAAUCUUCAUACCUGUUGACGAAACAAGUGAUUCGGCACUGUUUU